GCCCCCGAUGGAGGCCGAGGCCGCGGACGGCCCCCCGGGCGGGCCCGACGCGGCGCUCACCUGCUUCUCCUUCAACCAGGACUGCACGUCCCUCGCAAUUGGAACCAAAGCCGGUUAUAAGCUGUUUUCUCUGAGUUCUGUGGAGCAUCUGGACCAAGUCCAUGGAAGCAAUGAGAUCCCGGAUGUGUACAUUGUGGAGCGCCUCUUCUCCAGCAGCCUGGUGGUUGUGGUCAGUCACGCCAAGCCUCGGCAGAUGAACGUGUAUCACUUCAAGAAGGGCACGGAGAUCUGUAACUACAGCUACUCCAGCAACAUCUUGUCCAUAAGGCUAAACCGGCAGAGGCUGCUGGUGUGCCUGGAGGAGUCUAUCUACAUCCACAACAUCAAAGACAUGAAGCUGCUCAAGACCAUCCUGGAGGUCCCUGCAAACCCAACAGGUCUGUGCGCCCUCUCUAUCAACCAUUCCAAUUCUUACGUAGCCUACCCCGGCAGCCUGACCACAGGCGAGAUUGUGCUUUACGAUGGCCACUCCCUGAAAAUGGUGUGCACGAUCGCUGCCCAUGAGGGGACGCUGGCCGCCAUCACCUUCAACGCCGCUGGCUCCAAACUCGCCAGCGCCUCCAAGAAAGGCACGGUCAUCCGGGUGUUCUCUGUACCUGAAGGGCAAAAGCUCUGUGAGUUUCGGAGAGGAAUGACAAGGUACGUGACCAUCAGCUCGCUGGUGUUCAGCAUGGACUCGCAGUUCCUCUGCGCCUCGAGCAACACGGAGACCGUGCACAUCUUCAAGCUGGAGCACCUCGCCGGCAGCCGGCCAGAGGAGCCGUCGACCUGGACCGGCUACAUGGGGAAGAUGUUCAUGGCUGCUUCCAACUACCUCCCCGCCCAGGUGUCGGACAUGAUGAACCAGGACCGCGCCUUCGCCACCGGGCGGCUGAACUUCUCGGGGCAGAAGAACACCUGCACCCUCUCCACGAUCCAGAAGUUGCCGAGGCUGUUGGUGGCGUCCUCCGACGGCUACCUUUACAUCUACAACCUGGACCCUCAGGACGGAGGAGACUGCGUCUUGAUCAAGACCCACAGCUUGCUGGGCUCAGGAGCAACGGAAGAGAAUAAAGAAAAUGACCUCAGACCUUCAUUACCUCAGUCUUAUGCAGCCACGGCAGCCAGACCAAGCACAUCCACAGCUUCCACGGUGCCGGGUUAUUCUGAGGACGGCGGGGCACUCCGAGGAGAGGUUAUUCCCGAACAUGAGUUUGCGACGGGACCAGUGUGUCUGGAUGACGAGAAUGAAUUUCCGCCUAUAAUCUUGUGCCGCGGAAGUCAGAAGGGCAAAACGAAGCAGUCCUGAUGAGAAGCACACCCCAGAACUCAGGCCCCCCUCUCAGGAGGAAGGUGAAGCGCGGAGUGCAGUUGUGUGAGCAGCCGGGGCCGGAGCCCCAGGCCACCGGAGCCCCGGGACGCCGCCCACACCCUGCUAUGUGAGACGCGUGACAGCUGUAGUCAGUGCUAACUAACCAUAUUGGUCUGUAACCGGAAUUUUAUAUUAAAAAGGGCAUCCUUUUCCAAUGUAUGCUGUGUAAAAAUGUACCUAUAUAGGAAAACCCCUUUGAACUGUAUUUCUUGUAUAUUACAUCCAUAUAGAGACUAUUUUAGCCAAGCAAAGUAUUUUUGCAGUGAUCGGAACAAAUCAUUUAUUACCUUUGAGUCCCAUCUAGGACACUAAUAAUAAAAUGAUGGCAAUGCAU